GUCGUGUGCUGUGACUAUACAGUAGGGCCUAAGUAUCAGACGAUGUAUUCGUGCAUGCGUAUUUUAUGACAUUAAGGAAAGAUAGAAAAGGUUUUGGUCACGGGAUCAUGAUGACUGACAGUAACUAUCAGCUCCUGAGAAGUCCACACAUAAACAAGGAGAAAUUAGUAGAUGAUGUUGUUUAUAAAAUUACACCAGUCAUCUCUGACGAUAAUUUCACCAACCCUGAGCUUUUGCCCUUGUUAGGAUUUUUGGAAAAUAUUGUCAACAACUUUUCUGUGAAUGAUGUUGUAGUGACGAAAGUUUGUGAUGAUACAUCUGAUAGAAUUUGCCUUCCUAUACUACGUAAACUUCACCCAUCAUUUGACAGUCGGUCCCACAAUCUCGUCUUGCUGUCCAGAGUGGGGUCACUACAGGCCCUCUGUGCCCAGAGGGGUUCACCUAAAGUCUUUGUGUCUGUUCUCCAUCUGUGCUCGGAAUCAUUGAAUUAUCACAUUCUUGAAAGGACUACAUCUACAAACAGAAAGUCUGAAUCACAAUCAGAAUACCUUGAUGUAAUUUGUGCUCUUGAAGUUGUGAAAAAUUUGAUUAGAAUUUGCAUUGAAGAAGAGUUUCAGCAAAGGUUAACCAAAUUUGAGGUGCCAUUAGAUAAACAUCUUGAGGAAGUGUUUAAACAUUUGUUGAACAUUUUACAAUUAUUUGACCAGCAAACGAUCAUACACAUGUCAAGCCAGAGUCUUCUCUUAUUGCUGAAGUUUGAUAAUGGUAAGCCAACAGGACGAUUGGCAGCUUGCUGGAACACUAUCAUAUCUAUUUGGAAAGAAGACAAUCUUAGCUGCAAGCCUAGCAUGUUACUUUGUUCCUUAGCGAACUACUUCUUGCCUGCAGAAGGCAACAUGGUGGCCGAGGUGGACCUACGGAAAUUCACGUCAUACUGGAGUAUCAUACAGGCAGGGUUUGGUAGUGAGAACACGCUAGUCAGGAAACAAUGCAUGUACUUAUUGAAGAGGACAGUAGACUUGUGUCAGCAAGGAGGGGUGGACGUGAAACUACAGGACACAACAGAGCACCCGCCAAAGUUCUGCUGGACCAAACUGGGUGAGGCAGGUCUGAGUAAAUUAUGGGAAGAUGUUAUCAUGCUUGUGGAAACCUUGGAGGAGAAACAGGUCCAUGUCGUCAGCCCUUUACUUCCUAGAAUGCAGAAUCUGAUCAAGGCCUCAUCAGUGGACCAAGACAUACCUUUGCAUACCUCCUGGUUGACGGCCUUGAUCAGACGAGCCUUGAAGCACGAGAGUGUUACCAUAAUGAGGUGGGCAGCAGAAACAGUAUUGUUUUUAGACCUGGAGUUAUGUCCCCUCCUUUACCAGGGAGAAGAAAAGUAUAUUUGUGGAGAAUUUCUUCUAGCCAUUCAGGACAGUAAACAUUUCAGCAAACCUACAAAUGCCCUCCAAGGUACAGCUUCCAAUGUCGGUCGGGGAUUGACGGACUUCUUUGCAAACUGUUGGAGAGCACUGAAAACAGAAGAGAAGCGGGUGUCGUUCUUCCGAGAUGUCCUGCACACCAUGAGUGGGAUCUCGUGGGGCCCACUGCCCUUCCUGUUCCUGUGUAAAGGGCUAUCCUAUGUCCCUUCUUCACCCCUACUAGACAAGGAUAUCAUCCUCAGUUUGAGGAAGACCAUGAGCGCUACCCUCAACACAAUACACAGCUAUAUCCGGGGUGCUGCCCAGUGUUAUUUUGCCGAGGCUUUGGUCAACCUAGUCGACACAAGAAGUGUACUGCCUAAGGAGUUGGCUGCCGUGUUAGCAGUGUUUUCCAUGAGCGAGAGUCUACAAAGGGGAACAACCCUGUGGAAAAAAGUUGUCAAUCAAAUCGAGAAAUUUUGUGGAGCUGAUACAGAGAAUUGGACACAUUCUGACAUCCAGAAUUACCUACAUCAAGAGACUACAUCCUUUGUUCAAGUAACAGAAGGUUCAAAGUUCCUUUGGGCAGAGCUGGAGGCUGUACAGAUUGUACGCUUCACAUUUUUGGCUGUGGAUGCGAAAUUGUUGCCGUUGGUAGCCGAUAUCAACAAACCACAGCCAUCUUUAUCAGGGAUUCUGGGAGAGUUGACAGAGAUAGCGAACACAGUGAACAGUCGACCCUACCUGCCUGCACACAAAGCAGAAAGGGCCAUAGAACUGUUGCUGUGUUUUGUGUCAGAACUUGGUACACUUACAGCUGACAAUGAUGCGUUGUACAGCAUUGUCCGGGAGGGGCUGGCGAGUUGCCGGGCAGAGCUACUGUUAUUUAUAGAGCAGAGGAUGACAGGGGGCUGGAGAGAGACUAAUGAUCUCCCAAGCAUAGAACUCUGUGAAAAAGCAGUUGCUAUGGUGACGAGGUGUUUCCAUGACAACAGUUCAGUGAGCUGUAUCCACCGCCUUGUCACAUGCUGUUUACAAACCCUCAGACAGGUGUCUGCAUUGCCUCAGGUGAGUAUGGAAGGACAGAUCCAGCUGGUAGGGGCUGGAGCAGUCCUCGGUGCUGUGGCCACUGUACACACUGUGCCCUGGAAGGGCCUGACGCCACAACAGCAGGCCCUGGUUGAGGAUAUUCUCCGGUUUACACAGGAGGUAGACAUCACAGUAUCACUCACAAGACCAUCGACAGUGGAGAGUCGUGAGGAGUGGGGCCGGUUCUCAUCCAAGUUCCUAUCGUCCCAGUGGACGCUGCAGCUGCUGUACCUGACCCUCGGACGACCUCUACAUCGCCCAGCCACCAUUCUCCUGGACCUGUGUCUCGAGUGUCUGUCCCUCACCAAGGCAGACACAGUCUUGGUGGUGUUAAAAUGCAUCAAGUCACUCCUGCCUCUGGUAACAAAUGAGGGUUCAGUUGCUAAGGUGAUCGAGACCCUAGAACUGGCCUGGGUAGUGACCCAGGAGAACACCAGGGGCACUGGUUACCUCACUGUCAUGUCUGAGUUCAUCACCAUGGCCUUCCAACCAGCCCUGCUGUCACUCCCAGAGGACUCGCCUAUCGUCCAGAAACUUGCACAGAAUGCUGAUCUGCUUUUGGAGCUGGGAGAGGGGAAGAACGGGCUGUUCCAUCUGCUAGCCUCUAAUCUCUGCCAUGUGUGGGCCGACGCCAAACUGCUCCCUCACAUGACCAAGUUCUACUCCAUCAUGGUAUCCUGUUGUCUGUAUGGCACCAUACACAAACGGCAAGAGAAACAGACGAUGGAGUUGAAUGCAUACAUCCAGGCUCUUGGAAACACCUGUUCAGUGAAUGAAGUCAUGGAAAGCAUUCCAACUGAUACAUCAGUGAGGGCAUAUGUUAUUGCCUUGUUGCUCCGCCUCCAGACAGAUAACCCCGCCCACACCACAUUGGUCCAGGGGCUGAUUGACACUCUGAUUGACAGGUAUCGGGUAAUAACAUCAGCUCACAAAGGAACUACCUUCCCGAAUUCCAUGGCUCAUCGUCAGAAAAACAGGGCUUUCCAAUUCUUUGUACUUCUGGAACCCUUCAUUGUGCAGGAAAAUGUUGAUAAGAUGUGGAAGCUGUGUAUAGAGGUGAUGGGCCAGCCCAACCAGCCGUCCAUUCGUAACCUGGUCCAAUGGCUCAUGCUUCGUCUCAUCCUCAGGUUCGACUUCCUGGUGGAUAAACUCAUCCAUAUGUUUGUAGAUUUGGACGAGAGAAACACAGUAGUGAUAUGUGGUCUACUUUGUACAGUAGCUUUACUAGGACCACACCUCAGAGGGAACAGACAGACUCAGUACUACAUGUCUGCAGUGUCGGCCGUACUGCCCUGGUGUAUGGCACACCACUUUAACACCAGGAUCCACGCCCAAGUCACCAUAAUGAAGUUGUCGGCCCAGUGUCGUGCUCUUGGUAUCAGUCAAGUUCUCACAGCAUUCCCGUUCCUAGACUCUGUCACACGGUUCAUUGAGGAGAGCAAGAACUACAAUUCUACAAAAAAUUUGACCAAACUGACUGAAAACUUUUUCAUGAAGGACUUCGACUUUGAACGGGACUUUAGUAUUGAGACAAUUUUCCACAGUCUGCCUCGCCUUGCCUGUCUAAUGGAUGAUGAAUGGAUCUUACCCAACAUGUUCCUGGAGGGCAGGAUGAUGGCGACCAAGGAGGCAGGAACCGAACCCUGGAUACCCAUCCUAAACCCCUCAGACUCACUGGCCAGCUCCGCGGCAGGCACAUGGAAAAUUGCAAACAAGUUUACAGCUGCUGGAAAUGAACAGGAAGACGAAGAGGAGAGCGGAGACUUCCAGAAGAAGAUUAUGCCUUGGCGACUGAUGACACCUGACGAUGAAGCACAAGAGGAACUGGACUUCUGUAAGAAGCGGCAUCAAGCAGGAGGACUAGUUCUGGUUACCUCCCUUAUAGAGAAGCUCCCCAACCUUGGAGGACUGUGUCGCACCAGCGAGAUCUUUGGUGUGUCUGAAUUUGUUAUCGGCAGAAUGAAGAACCUUGAAGACAAAAUGUUCCAGACCCUCAGUGUGACUGCACAGAAGUGGCUUCCGAUCACAGAGGUGUACAAGAAAAAGCUGACAACAUUCCUUACAGAGAAGAAACAGGCCGGUUACACUUUGAUAGGAGUGGAGCAGACGGCCAAUUCUGUCUCCCUCACAGACUUCCAAUUCCCUUACAAGUCUCUUCUACUUCUGGGGAAUGAGCGAGAGGGAAUCCCCGUGGAACUGAUUAAUAUGUUAGAUGUUUGUGUGGAGAUUCCACAGCAGGGCAUCAUCCGGUCUCUCAAUGUCCAUGUCAGUGGAGCUCUGCUUGUAUGGGAGUACCGACGUCAGCAACUCGUCAUCGGAGCAGAUUAACUCUCCCUCAAUGUGAUUGAAGGUGUGAUACUGACAACGACUCGUCAUCGGAGCAGAUUAACUCACUCUUUCAAUGUCAGGGAAGGUGCGAGUACCGAUGUCAGCAGAAUAACUCUUUCUUUCAUUGUCAGGGAAGGUGCGAGUACCUAUGUCAGCAGAAUAACUCUCUCUUUCAUUGUCAGGGAAGGUGUGAGUACGGACCUCAGCAGAUUAACUCUCCCUCAAAGUUUGUGAAGGUGCGAGUACUGACCUCAACAGAUUAACUCUCCCUCAAAGUUUGUGAAGGUGUGUGAGUACCAACAUCAGCAGAUUAACUCUCCCUCAAAGUUUGUGAAGGUGUGAGUACUGACAUUAGUUGAUCAACUCUCCCUCAAAGUUUGUGAAGGUGUGUGAGUACCAAC